UUUUAUAGCUACAGUUAUAUUUGUUGUACCUUGUAACAACGAAAUAAAACAGCAAUGGGGGGAGGACAGAGAACAUAAACUAUGGCAGAACGAGCAUCAGAGAGAACGACCAUCAGCCUUACCAGUGGAGGUAAAGAGAAAGCUCAAAGCCUCAAGUGGUCGUUUGAGGAGAUGCAGUUUUAGGCACAUCAGUGUUGGGUUCAUUCUUCAGUCCAGGAAACUACUGCGAUCGGUUUCAUGCAAAAUACCUACACUGAAAUUCAUGCCUUUAUCUAGUUUUAUAGACAGAAUCCAGUUUUAUAGUUUAGGUCUGCUUUUUAUUCUGAAUGUGCAGAAACAUGGUGUUGAAUCUGAAUGAGAAAUCGGAAAGGAAGCGAUCCCUGCUGUAAAAAGUUUCACUCCACUUUGACUUCUCUUGGUUACGUCUCCUGAUAUGAACAGCAACAAUGUAACAACACUGUGGUAGAACGUGUUCAGUGGAAACACUCAGAGCCUCAGUACUGCAUAUCCAUCACAAGAGCAGCUAAUGUGGCUGUCAGGCUCCUUUUUAGCAGCCUGGUGAAAAUGCUAUUAAUUAAAAUAACAGAGUAUCAUGAACUUUACUCAUCCCAGCCCAAAAGGGGGAGGGUAACACAACAGGAGAAUGCCAGCUGGAAAGACAAAUAAAGCUCUAUAUUCACUAUGCUGACAAUUAUUUUUUACCAAUGUGAGCAUACUAAAAUGGUACUUCUCUAUGCCUGAGGAUACAAAGAUUCAUCUUUUUUAUUACAUAGUUAAAUUAAAUGAUGUCUCCUGAUGUAAGCUGUUGGUUUGUUUCGAUUAGCAUACAGACUGAAAUGUGCCUGUACCUUUUUUUUUUUUAAAUAAGGGUAAAAAAAAAUUUCUUUGACAAACCCGCCUUAAUUCUUACUGUAUGUGGUCGUGGUUAAGAUACAGUGACCCACGAACUUUAAUUUUUAAAAAGUGUCAACUAUUCAUUAUGCUCUUUUUGGCUUCCUGACUUUUUAUUAGCAGGACAGUGGCAAUUCUAUCACUGCACUGUGGAAAUGACCUGCAUUUAAGUGUUGCGCUGUUACUGUACAAAAACCUCCAUGACUCUGAUCGUGAUCUUUCUGUUGGGACUUCGAGCUGAGUAGGACAAGUCUGUGGGUAUUAUAAAAGAUUGAGCAGAAGAGGAGGCAAUCAGAGCGAGGUGAGAAAGAUCUCAAAACACAUUGAACCCUAAAGAGUGUGUAAAAAGAGAGGACACCUUUCUUCUUAACCUACAGCUGCAGAUCUGUUGUUUAAGAUGGCGCACGAGAAGAGGUUUCAAGGAAUUCCCAUGUCAAAGUCAAUGAGAGGUUUGUGUAAAGAGGAGGACUAUGUGUUUCUGGGAACGUCGGAAAGGACAGAAGGAGCGGUGGCUUUAGGGGACGACUGGAGAGACAGGAAGGAGGAGAGGGUCCGCAGGCGAUUAGAGCAGGAGCAGCAGGAAAAAAAACGACUCAGAGAAAUAGAGGAGAGCAAGAAGGAGAAAGAGCAGCAGUGGCGCACUCAUGUAGCAGAGCUGACCUCCAGCCAGGAGAAGACUCUGCAAGACAGACUGGCAAGGCUGCGCAGAUUCAGGGAGUUCCAGAAGAAGGUGAUGGAAGAGGAGUCUGGAGAGGAGGGUGCACCAAGCAGCCAGGCAGUCAAUCAACUCCUCACCAGGAUGUAGAUGCAUUAAAGGAUAAUCAAGAAGAAGGCUGGACCGCUACUUUAGUGGCCAGAACAUAGCAUUCUAAUGCAAAUAUAAAUUUAACAGUCACAUACUGAAUGAACUGCUUUAAAUCUUUUAAAGUUAGUUAUUGUAUCUGGCAGUGCUUCUUUUUGGGGAUUAUACCAGAGAUUGCUGACUUGUGGUUACAGUGUAAUCUUGCCUAAAUGAAGCAUGCAUUCUCCUUGCUGUUGCAAAUCAACUGGCUGUUUGUCUGGUGUAACUGAGAUUGUUUUUGUUUUGUUUUGGGUUUGUGUGUGUGUGUGUGGGGGGGGGGGGGGGGGGGGUGCACUAACAGUCAAAAUGUCUCUAGAAUUCUUCACAGAGCAUUGACUUUUGUUUCUCUUCAGAAAGUUCAAACCAGCCAUCAGGCAACCAGACGUGAUGGAAAUGUUAAACGUCUUAUUUUAAUACAGUAGACACGACCGAAGGCUGAUUAAGGAAAGGCAAGUUUGGGAGCCUGUACAGCAACUUGUGCUCACGUAAUAUUUGACUGUUCCUAAUACAUUUUCAUCCCGCUGUACCGCUUCUGUUUCUUGUCUUUUGUUAAAUUCUUAUAUUAAACCGCAGUUGUCCAAAGGGCUAUUGAGGCUUCCUCAUGUGUUAUCAGGAGAAGAUAGCCUAGUUUGGAUUAAAGGGAGGAAAAAAGCCCAAAAGAACAUUCAAAAAGACAGGCCCCUUAAAACUACUAUGAACCUGAAAUUAAAUUCACUUUUUCGUAUCCAGAGAGACCUAACAAUGUCUUAUGGUCCACAGGUCAGCUUCUUAAGUGAGGUAUUAUACCCAUACGUAAAUCUUCAGCAUGUUAAAAUGCACACAUUUUUCAAAAUGUUUCAGUGUAUGUUGGCUCUGAUAGUGGUCUCUAGAUUUAGGCUUCCAGCUACACUAUGUAACUAAUAUGGUGUGUGCAUUCAGGACAGUCAAGAAAGCCUGGUUAGAGGGAUUAAAUGGAAAAGAUAGAAAAUAGUCCUUUAUAUAUUCAAAGUCUACUGCAGUUUUAGGGUCAUAGAGGAAACAAAUAACAGGCCUAACUUAGAGUUGUUACUGGCAUCUCAGCUGUGAUCCCUCUAUGCGUGAAUGUGUGUGUGGAGUUAAAAGUUCCUGCUUUGUGCGUUCACAUCCUCACACGCAAGCAUGUGCAUUUUGCACAUGCGCAAUAAAGUACUUUUACUUAUUUGUCUGCACAUGUGUGGGGACAUUUUAUAUAGUGCAUUAACCCACCGGUUGUGUGUGUGUGUGUGUGUGUGUGUGUGUGUGUGUGUGUGUGUGUGUGAAUUUAAGGUGCGGGCUGGGGCAUAUUUCAGAGUGACACAUGAAAGAAUUUACAUCAGAGUCCUAUAGAACUCUUUCAUCAGUGCACCGAAGGGCAAAAAAGGACAAAACAUGUCGAAAGAGAUGGAGUGAGCGAAGGUGAGACGUGGAGGAACAGGAGUUUCCAGCGUGUAACAGCAGAUCAGGAAAAGAAAAGAGGAGAAUAUGUCCUACAAUGCAAAGUAUAGUAUUGCCUGAGG